AUGCCACUAUUUCGUCGUAACAAAGUUAUUUCGAAUAUAAACAUAAUUAUUGAUGGUACUGACAAACUAUUAGAUAGAUGGCGUACUAUACCAUCUGGACAAAUAGAUACAAAUAUUAUCGAACAGUGUCAAAAUCUUCUACUUGAAAUUUUUGGACUCAUUGCUUUUGAUUAUGAUUUGGAGACACUUGAUAACAAUCAUUUAAGAAAUAAGAAUGAACUGACUAAAGCUUUACAAGAUAUUAUAAAUAUAUUUAGAAAGAUUAUUAAUGCACCUAGAUUCAUUUCAAUUAUUUAUUUGAAAUUGAGUCCUCAAUAUCAACGAGCACAGGCAACUGUCCAGAAAUAUCUUACUAAGAUGGUUGAAGAAAAAAUGUCUGAAAGUCCAGAUUCAAUAGCCGAACAAAAGAAAACAUCAUUGAUCGCAUCAUUGGUUAGUUCAUUACAAACAGAUGAGAAAGCCGAAGCAAAAAAAAAGGAAGAAGAUAAAAAAGGUAAAGUUUAA